GGGAAAACAAACGGUUGUCGCCCGUUACCGGGAGAAACGGGAAGCAGAAAAUGAGGGAGGAGAGCUGAAAGGGCGGCACCAGAGGCAGGAAAACAGUUAAUGAGCGAUGACUGGAGGAGGAGCAGAGGAUAAGGGUGAGUAGGAACCAGAACCCGACCGUCUGGACCAGUUCUGUCUCGAGCCUGAACGGAACGCUUGUCCUUUUCGUGCCGCUCUGUCCCGAAACCUCACAUGGAAUAUAUUUGGAAAAAAUCAAAAUAAAGAGCAGACAAAUAGAAACAGCAAAUCAAUCUGACAGCUCCUAGUUCAUGCUGAAGCAGUUAUUUGUGCUUUCAGUAAAAGGUUCUGUUUUGGUUUUGAGGACACCAAGUAACUACUGUAAGUACUUUCUCCAGGCAGUUCCAGGAUUUCAGAGCAGAGUCCAGGAUGAUUUCUGGAGUUCAGGAUGUUGACUCAGUGAAACCAAGGAAGUCCAUGUUUCUCCCGCUGCUGCUUGUCUGGUGUUUCCUGUUUGUCUCCCAUGUUGAGGGCCUUCGCAACUUCACGCCUCAGCCUCUCCAGUCAGAGACGGCGAUACCUGAACUCCCCAGCACCAAUCGUUCUACAAACGCAGAGACGCACAUGUCGCAAGAGACGGUCAAUAAACCGUCCGUCUCGUUGGACUCUGAAGCAGAAAACCUGAAGGCUGAGAACAAACUGAGGGCCAAACAUAAUAGAAAACUUGCAAGUUCCCAGAACUCGUCUCAAAACUCAAACCCUAAGCUGCCAGUCCGCCCUCGGUGCACCCAGGAAAUGUCGGUAAGAGCCGUCUUCAAGUACAUCAACACGGUGUUCUCCUUCAUAAUCUUUGCUGUGGGGAUCAUCGGCAAUGUCACCCUGUUGAGGAUUAUCUGCCAAAAUAAAAGCAUGAGGAACGGACCCAACGCCCUGAUAGCCAGCCUCGCCAUGGGAGACAUACUGUACAUCGUCAUAGACGGCCCAAUCAAUGUCUACAAGCUCCUGGCAAUGAGGUUCCCAUUCGCCGACCAACCGUUUGGUCAAUUCCUCUGCAAGUUGUUACCCUUCAUACAGAAGACUUCAGUCGGCAUCACCGUCCUCAACCUGAUUGCUCUCAGUGUGGACAGGUAUCGUGCGGUGGUGUCCUGGUCUCGGAUUCAGUGCGGCGGCAUUCCCAAGGGAACGGUGGUGCAGAUCAUGGUGAUCUGGUUGCUGUCUGCCUUACUGGCCGUGCCGGAGGCCGUCGGCUUCAACCUGUACCGCUUCACUAUCGGCAACAACACCAUUAGUACCUGCCUAAUAAGGCCCGAGAACUCCUUCUCGAAAUUCUACAUCAACUUCAAGGAUUGGUGGAUAUUUGGCAUUUACUUCUGCAUCCCUCUGACCUGCUCGGCGAUUUUCUACGGCCUCAUGACUCAUGAGAUGCUCCGGCAUGAGAAGGGAGAUCUAAAGCGGUCACUGGGUGAACAACUGAAACAGCGCCGCGAAGUGGCCAAGUCUGUGUUCUGCCUGGUGGUGAUCUUUGCCCUCUGCUGGUUUCCUCUCCACUUCAGUCGGCUGCUGAAGUUGAUGAUCUAUGACCCCAGCGACCCUGGCCGCUGUGAAUUACUGAACAUUCUGCUGGUGCUCGACUACUUCGGCAUCAACUUGGCGACCGUCAACUCCUGCAUCAACCCCAUCAUCCUCUUCUUCGUCUCCAGGAAAUACAGGCACUACUUCAUGACACCAUGUGGUCCAGAUACUACACCUCCUUCUUCAUCAACUGGCACAUCAAAGACCAGCUGGAUGUGUUCCAGAUUCUCCUCAAAUGUUUUAGAAAAUAUUAUGAGGCCAUCAAGGUAACUGAGCAGAAGAUGCUGUUUUGCUGCCGUCACUUUUGGCCUUUCUCCAACAACCUGCAGCCUCUCCAACACGGGAACAGUCAGCAGUUUCAAAACUCUGACCGCUGAUGGUUUCACCGCCACAGAAAUGUUUUCACAUACGACCCAUAAAGUCAUGUUGGAUCUUA